CUCUUUUUCCUUCUCAGAAAGGAAUAUAUAGCAGUAGAAUUUCUCCUAAAUCUAUCAUUUUCCCAUAACAGUUUAUAUUCAUCAAUUGACUUUUCAUUCGAAAUCAGCCUCAUGUUUUUCAAUAUGCCUCAAGAAAUUAGCUUUAAAACUAUUAACACCCUUUUUGAAAGUACAUUCUCUCCUUUUUUGCGAAAGUCUCAUCUUCAUCUUAUCAGUCAAAAAACGAAUUCAUGCGAUGCUUCUUUGUAUGCCAUUAAAAAUCCAUCUUCACAAUCUUUUUAUACAGCUCAUGGCCUAUUUAAAUUUAAGGAAACGUUCGAAAACUUUUCAAAAUCGUCAUCGCAUGUUACACAACAGUUAACUGUUUUGCGGAUUUUGCUAUGGAAGGCCCAAGUAUCCGCAGGGAAUUCUUCCUGUCUCUUUCGCAACAACCUUCUGAAGGAUCUAAACAUUUCCCAUAUUUUAAGUGAAGUCAAUACAAAAAACCAAAACCAAAAUGUUUUUCUGGAUUUACCUCUAUCAACGCCUGUCCUGACAAAACGUGAAGUCAUUUUAAACACUAUCCAUCCUGAAGACUCGACUCACUCUAUACUUGGCUCUGUCAAUAACAGUAACUGCCAUUCUCUUACUGAGGUUCCAAAAGAAUCGAAGAAGUUCAAACCUGCUCUAUCACUGCCAGAAAUUCGGCACGAAUUAACACCGCUGGAAAAUUCCUUUGAUCCUUAUUCAUCUUAUAAUAAUCAACAUGCUAUAUUCAUUGGAGAAAUUUUGCCAAUAUCAUUUGAUGAAAUACCUCGGAAUACGAAAUCUGCCUCACUUAUCAGACAACCCCAUCGUGUUUUGAAUUACGAAGCUAGCGUUUCGAAAAGAAUUAUAGAAGAAAAGAAGAUUUCGUCAACUUACUUAAAAAAGAAAAACUAUGCGGGGUUUUCAAGCUCCUUCUUCCCAUUCUCAAAGAAUAUGCACUACAUAAAUCUUUUGCUCACAUUUUUGUUUUACAUCCAACUCGUCCUAUACUCAUUAAACAGUUCCGUGGGAUUACCCUUUACUAAUUUCUUCGAAAAAAAUUCCCACUCCUUUUAUUUCUUAUGUGAAGAAUACUUUAGCCAGAUGGCCCUAUAUUUUCAGCAUUGCUUGCAUUCUUUCACUCUAGACAGUCAACUAAAGGAUUGUAGUUUCCUACAAAUAUCGCAGCUCAAUUUAAUCAAAGUGUCUUGAUUUUUCAAUCAAAAUGGAUAAGAUUCUCCUCUUGAGCAAAACUGAAGACAAAGAAAAAUACUGUUUAAGAUCUUUCCCUUCUCUUCUUUACUCUUGAUAUACUCAUUUCCCUUUCCUGGCCCAACCAAAUAUACGUACCAAAAAAAAAAAAGAAAAAAAAGACAACAUUGAUAAAUAUACAUUAGUUUUUUUCUUUAUUUCCUCGUUUUUCUUCAUCUUUAGACUUUAAAUGAUUAAAAAAACAUAUUUUGAAUAACGUAAACACAAAUGGUUUUCCUCUAAAAU